AUGGAUACUGUAUCAGCCACCUUUGCUACGGAGGAGCAGAAACCUAUUUUUACCUUAGCCGGUGAACCUAACGGCACGACAACAACAGACAGCUACGCAUUUGCCGAUACGCGAAAUGCGGGUAACACUCAGAACGGAGUAUUGUCCUCGAUGGCCCCGAUGAUGUCAGGACUUGGGGGCAACGAACUGUUAAACAUGCUUAGUCAGCAGGAGCCGAGGGUUGCUGAUUCUGCUCCCUCUGUCGCUGAAAUGGAGGAAUUAUUAACUAACAUUCGUUUAAAUGGAUCCGAUGUUUACAAUGAUGAUAACAGCAUGAAUAAUUAUUUUACAGGAUAUAAUCGAUCAGACUCGUCAUCAUCUGGUGUAUGGUCAGAAAAUAUGAACAUGCAGAGUUCUCGAAACAACGAAAUGAUGGACACAUUCGACUUCUUGGUUAAAAGUUUAUCAUCUGCGAAUAACUACGUGUCUAUGCUAACGCGAGAGCAGCUGUCUGUACUGCGUUCAAUUCGUCCAAGCUUAUUGUACGAGUUGUUGCAAGAGGUCGCUAAGGCCCGCAGUGAUAGACGAAUGCGUCGUGCCUUACCUAAUGAGUGUGCAUUUUGUAAGAAUAAUGGGGAGAACGAGGAAUGUUAUUCGUCCCAUGCGUUGAAAGACUGGCGCGGGCGCGUGCUGUGUCCGGUGUUGCGUGCGUUUCGCUGCCCACGCUGCGGUGCAACCGGCGACCGGGCGCACACCAUCAAGUAUUGUCCGGAGGGAGCCGAAACUGGUUCGGGAAGCUUGGCGUCUCGCAGACGCGUACCCCCGUCCACAACUUUGCUGUUGGGAGCGAACGGCGCCGCUCGACAAGUGGGUACUCCAACUGCACCGGCCGCUUCACCUGUCACCUCUCCUGCUAACCCGGGACUACCUUAUUCCUCUCUGUGGUCGAACUUUGGCAUUAAUUAA